AUGGCAUAUGUACUUCAAUGGGCAUUAUGUACGCAGAUCAGCAGCGAGAUAAUUCACUUUAAAAAUGUGUUAUACGUUCUUAUCUGGGACACAUACGACACUUAUCUGGCUCCACGUGACGACAGUGACCCACCCAAAUCUCCACGUGGCGACAGUGAUCCACCCAGAUCUCCACGUGGCGACAGUGAUCCACCCAGAUCUCCACGUGACGACAGUGACCCACCCAGAUCUCCACGUGGCGACAGUGAUCCACCCAGAUCUCCACGUGACGACAGUGACCCACCCAGAUCUCCACGUGGCGACAGUGAUCCACCCAGAUCUCCACGUGAUGACAGUGACCCACCCAAAUCUCCACGUGGCGACAGUGACCCACCCAAAUCUCCACGUGGCGACAGUGAUCCACCCAGAUCUCCACGUGGCGACAGUGAUCCACCCAGAUCUCCACGUGACGACAGUGACCCACCCAAAUCUCCACGUGGCGACAGUGACCCACCCAAAUCUCCACGUGGCGACAGUGACCCACCCAGAUCUCCACGUGGCGACAGUGACCCACCCAGAUCUCCACGUGGCGACAGUGACCCGCCCAGAUCUCCACGUGGCGACAGUGACCCACCCAGAUCUCCACGUGGCGACAGUGAUCCACCCAGAUCUCCACGUGGCGACAGUGAUCCACCCAGAUCUCCACGUGACGACAGUGAUCCACCCAGAUCUCCACGUGGCGACAGUGAUCCACCCAGAUCUCCACGUGACGACAGUGAUCCACCCAGAUCUCCACGUGACGACAGUGAUCCACCCAGAUCUCCACGUGACGACAGUGACCCGCCCUGA